ACACACAGUCACCAAGCUUCCUUAGCGAAGUACUAGUAUAGGGUCGCGUGGCGAAAUGGCAUCGCGUCUGACUACGACCUGUGUAAUCAGGAGAUCGCGGGUUCGACCCCCGUCGUGACCUAUAGUUUUGCAUUUUGUCCCUGGAUUCUUUCUGUGGGGCUCCUGGCCCGGUCAACUGUCAACAAUGCCAUCCUCUCUCGACUCUUCAUUCUCCUAAUGGCUGAGUCCAAGCUCUCGCUGGCUCCUUCGCCGGCGCGCCCGACGGACCUCACCCCGCCGGCCCUCUUCCUGUCCCUGCACAACGUCGGCCAGGAGCACGUGGGGCGCAAGCUCCGCCUCGUCGUGCAGAUCCUGGGGCUCGACCAGUCCCACCGGGCUACACAUGUCCUCGCGACAUCCCACACCGUCUCCCCGCGCCCCCUCCUCCUCCUCCGCGUCGACCAAGUCCUGCUGGGGACACACCCCCGCGUUGGCACCGCGGAGUGGUGGCGCGCCGACUCCGCGCCAGCCCCCGCACCCAGGGGCGGCGCGGGCACAUCGCGCGCGGAACUGAGUCUGCGGCCGGGCGAGUGGGUGACCGUCGUGGGAUGGCUGGAGACGUCGGUCGCGCCGCAGAGGAUCAUCGUCCCCGAUGGGUAUCGGCCUCCCCUUGACGCUGUGCUUGACUGCAUCAACGUUUCUAUGGCGCGCGAGCCGCCCGUGGGGGGUGUGUGCCGUGGCGAUCUUGAGGUGGGCGGGUGAGCAUCGCUCUAAUCCCCGGAUCGCGCAACACCUGGAGCAGUGCGGUCGCGCAGCGCCGCGUCAGACGAGCGGUACUCACAGACUCGGCGC